AUGGCCUCCAACUCCAAGAAAAGCAUGAGUUCAAGCAAAGGUUUCCUUGCCACCACAGCCUCCAUUGCUGCCUCAGCCAUGCUGGCACGCUCCCUCUACUAUGAAUUCGUCCCCGAAGAAGUUCGAAAGUCAAUGUUCUCUCAAAUAAAAAUCUUCCAUAACCUUCUCUCUCGCGAAUUCUCCAUGGUCAUUCAUGACAAGGAAGGACUAACUACCAACAAUGUUUACAAAGCUUCAAUGACUUACCUCAGUUCUUUAGUAUCACACUCCACACAACGUGUUCGAGUGAAGCAAUUCGACGAUGAUAAAAGUUUAGUCAUCUCAUUGGAUUCUGGCCAAAAAAUUAUCGAUGUAUUUGAAGGGAUCCAAUUCAAAUGGUGUUUGUAUUGCUCACGGAACAAUGUGACUUCUAAGGAUAGUGACGGAAAUUUAAGUUUCAUGUUAUCGAAUUCAUAUUCUCUUGAACUCUCAUGCAAGAAAGAACACAAAGACAAGGCUUUGGAUGUCUACCUCCCAUGGAUAAUGAACUGGUGGAAUAACACCAAAAACCAAAAUACCAUCCUCAAGCUUUUCCUCAAUAGUUAUGAAGAUUGGAGUUCUGUUAAUCUCCAUCAUCCUGCCACCUUUGACACAAUUGCCAUGGAUCCAGAGCUUAAGAGAACAAUAAUUGAUGAUUUAUCCAAAUUCAAAAAAGGUAAAGAUUAUUAUAAGAGCAUUGGUAAGACUUGGAAGCGUGGUUAUUUGUUAUAUGGUCCACCAGGGACCGGUAAAUCUAGUUUGGUUGCAGCUAUUGCCAACUUCCUCAAUUAUAAUAUUUAUGAUCUUGAUCUUGCUCAAGUCCAAGGUAAUUUACAACUAAAAGGAUUGCUAAUUGAGAUGACUAACAAGUCAGUAAUAGUGAUUGAAGAUAUUGAUUGUUCAAUACCAAUCAAGAACAGAGAUAGUAAGGACUCUUAUAGUUACAGACCAAAGGUAACUUUGUCAGGUUUAUUAAAUUUUGUUGAUGGUCUUUGGUCAAGUUGUUCAGAAGAAAGAAUAAUAAUUUUCACAACCAAUUAUAAAGAGCAACUUGAUCCUGCAUUAUUAAGGGCUGGUAGAAUGGAUAUGCACAUUUAUAUGGGAUAUUGCAGUCCUUCCAUGUUUAGGACCUUGGUCUUCAACUAUCACCACAUUGAGCAUCACUCAUUAUUUGAACAGAUUGAAGCAUUGAUUAAAGAUCUUGAAAUCACUCCUGCUACAAUUUCUGAACAUUUACUAAGGAGUGAUGAUGUUGAUGUUGCACUUCAAGAACUCCUCAAAUUUCUUCAACUCAGUAAACAGGAAGCUCUUGAUAAAGAAAAUGAGAAAAAUAAAAAGAAUGCCGGGAAAAAGGAUGAUAAAAAGAAGAAAAAGAAGGAAAAGAAAAAUGUCAAAAAUGACUCCGAUACUGAUGACAACAACGACGAUGAUGACUCCGAUACUGAUGACGACGACGAUGAUUUUUAG